GAUACCCAAGGAAGGACUACGAAUCCCAGCAAGCAGUUCGUGGCGUGAGGGCGCAGGAGGAGGAGCUCAGAGCCGUUGGGCCCCGCGGAGCCAGGCAGCGGCAGCGGCAGCACCCGACGGGGGUGACCAUGGGGAAGCGUUACUUCUGCGACUACUGCGACCGCUCCUUCCAGGACAACCUCCACAACCGCAAGAAGCACCUGAACGGGCUGCAGCACCUCAAGGCCAAGAAGCUCUGGUACGACAUGUUCCGAGAUGCAGCUGCCAUCUUGCUGGAUGAACAGAACAAGCGGCCCUGCAGGAAGUUUCUACUGACAGGCCAGUGCGACUUUGGCUCCAACUGCAGAUUUUCCCACAUGUCAGAGCGAGACCUGCAGGAGCUGAGUAUGCAGGUGGAGGAGGAGAGGCGGGCCAGGGAGUGGCCACUAGACGUCACCGAGCUCCCUGAGGUCCACGUGGAGGACUGGCUGGAGAAGAGAGCCCAGCGGCUGAGCUCGGCCCCAAGCAGCAGGGCUGAACCCAUCAGAGCCACUGUCUUCCAGUACCCAGUGGGCUGGCCACCAGUCCAGGAGCUUCCUCCAUCCCUGCGGGCACCCCCACCUGGGGGCUGGCCCCUGCAGCCCAGCGUCCAGUGGGGCUGAGUCCCUUAUCCCUGCCUAGUCAGCCCUCCAAUCAGCCACAAUCAAGAUAAGGGCUUGUACGGGGGACACCCAGGCCCCCUCCUGCUGCACCCCAUGGAGCAUCUGAAACUAAAGACUGGGCCUGGCCUGGCCUCUCUGAGGCCUAAGCGUCCUCCCCAACCAGGUGCAGCCCUGGUCCUGGCUCUGAGCCAGGCAGCUCCACCACCCCCACCCCAACAGGACAUCUUGAGAAGACUUCCUUCCAGAUGUUUAUAAAGAAAGUCUGUCACCACC